CAUCACGGCCUUUGUAGGCAGCCAUUUUAUCAAACGCGGUGAGCCGAAAGCACUUGAGGGGAUUAGGUUUUCCCGGUUUUUCAUAGUUAUAUAAAAUAUACUUUGAUUAAGACAGUAGGCGUAAUGGAGACAGACGGUCUGAAUGACUUCACCUCAGACGAGUGCCCAGAGGGAUCUAAAAUAAAUGCAAGCAAAAAUCAGCAGGAUGAUGGGAAAAUGUUUAUUGGUGGCCUCAGCUGGGACACCAGUAAGAAAGACCUUAAAGACUACCUUUCAAAAUUCGGAGAAGUACUAGACUGCACGAUUAAAACAGAUGCCGUGACCGGGCGGUCAAGGGGUUUCGGAUUCGUACUCUUCAAAGAUGCAGAGUGUGUUGAUAGGGUUUUGGAGCUGAAGGAGCACAAGUUGGACGGGAAGCUCAUUGAUCCCAAAAGAGCCAAAGCCAUGAAAGGGCAGGAACCUCCUAAGAAGGUCUUUGUUGGUGGCCUGAGCCCAGAGACAACAGAAGACCAAAUCAGGGAAUACUUUGGGACGUUUGGAGAUAUUGAGAAUAUUGAACUUCCCGUUGACGCCAAAACGAAUGAAAGGAGAGGAUUCUGCUUUGUGACCUUUGUGGAGGAGGAACCCGUUCAGAAGCUCCUGGAGAACAGAUACCAUGAAGUUGGACCAGGAAAGUGUGAAAUCAAAGUUGCCCAGCCCAAGGAAGUGUACAGGAAACAACAGAAUAGGGCAGAGGGCCGAGGAGGCUACGGCGGUAGAGGAGGAGGAGGAGGAGGAGGAGGAGGAGGAGGAUUCCGGGGCCGUGGUAGAGGAGGAGGUCAAAAUUACGGUCAAGGUUACGGUAACUAUUACGGACAGAGCUACGGAGGUUACGGAGAUGGAUACAGCCAGGGAUACAAUGGCUAUACAGGCUACGACUACACUGGCUACAACUAUCAGAAUUAUGGAUAUGGUCAGGGUGACUAUGACUACACUGGCCAGCAAAGCAGCUAUGGCAAGGCAUCACGAGAUGGCGCAAACCACCAGAACAACUACCAGCCAUACUGAGGGAUUGACUAGACCUGCUUAGAUAAUUUUAUUUCCCUUGCGGGAACUUCAUUGCAGGCCGUGUGUCACCUGACCACAAAUCUCUGGGCGUCGCACAUAGCGGGCAGAGAGCCAGGCAUGCACAAGAAAACGCUGUCCUGUGGUAUGGUCUCUUCAACCUUCCUGUACCAGCGUUAAUAAAAAACAAACAAACAAAGAAAGCACACACAGCCAAAAACAGCAUAAACUGAGAAAGGAAGUGACUUCUCUUUUCAACAAUUUUCUUUAAAGUUGUUGUGGAUGUUUUGUUUAACAAUUUCUGAAAUGGGUCUCUUACAGGGCUUUAAAUAAUGAAAUCUAAAGAGUGAUUUCAAAAUGUCAUUUUUUUAUUGUGCACUUCUCUGUUUUAUUCUUAGUGUGCUUGUAUUUCAGUUCUGGAACUUCAGAGGUUUUUAAUUUCCUUUGUUUUGGUUUCCUUAAAUAAUCCCCCUGUAAAAUUGCAUAAACUCAUAAUGCUUGCUUUUUCUUUAGAGCCCCUAGAGAACUCCAAAUGAUACACCACGAGCCUUUUUUGUGAUUAAUUUUAAAGCGUUAAUAAUACAUUUUAAAGAUCAUAUGUAAACGCACUUUACUGAGCCAAAAAAAGCUGACCCCAAAAAACACCUUUAGAACCAGCCUUAAGGGCUCAAAUUGGUUUGAAAUGUCUUUAAAUUGCUUUAGAAGUCUUAAGUGUAAAUGAUCAGAUGCACUCCUUUAUGGUGAAGUUGUCCCAUAGCAGAGGAGCUGAAGCUUUUGCUGGCUGUUGUCUUUUGUUCUCCUUGCUUUCUUCCUCCUGAUAACUGAAAAGUUGUACAUAUGAUCUUUAAUCUGUUACAGUACAUUUUUUAUAGCUUAAAGUUGGCAGCUCAAGAAGUGAACAGUCAAGCAAGGAGGUGAAGUUUUUUUAAAGAAAAACUUCAAAGUAGUCCUGGGUGACUGAUCUAAGCCUGUUUUUUCGUUUUCUGUUGCAGGUGGACAAGCUGACUGCGAGAGUGGCUACUUUUGGAGGCAGCUUGUGGAUUCCUAUUCCUAACGAAUCAGUCUUCGCGUAUUUUUCAUGAUAAAGGCCCUGAUUUUCAGUUGUCCUCUGGAGAUGAAGACAUGCUUUGUACAUAGUGAGGAUUUUUAGCGUUUGUGUUUUUUCUUUAUUUUUAUUUUAUUUUCUCCAUACAUGUCCUCUUGUGCUCUGUUGGAGGUGUUGUAGCGUUUGAGCUGACCUUAUGUUCUUAAAUCCGUUUUCAGAAAGUGACCUUUUUGUUUCUGUUUUAAUUUUCUCUGAGGUUUUGGAUAAAGGGAUCAUUAAAUCAAGGGUACCAUAUUGUUGCGUUUUGUGUUGUGUGUGCUGUUCCAUUCUUUUCAAGGCUUAACAGUCGGGCAGUUUAACUCCAGACAGGCCUUGACUAAAAUUUUAAAUCUUCUACCAUCUGGCAGUUGUACAUCAAUGUAGAAACUGGUAUAGUGAUUGUACCACUUUGACACAGAACUUCCAGUUAUGGGAGAAACUUGAGAAGUUACAGAGCUGUGCAGUUGAAAAGUACAGAUACUUCUUGACUGAAACCUCCAAAUGCCCAUUAAAAACAUUUUCCACUAUA